CGCGCGCCAACUCCGGCGAGCUAUUUCUCAAGGAGAGCCCCGACGGGUUGGUCAUGUCUCCGGCACUGCACCGCAGGAGGGUGAUCUCGGGCCUUGCCCCGCUCAAAGAAGGGCGCGGCGGCAGGAAAGACAUCGUGGCGCUGAGAACAUCCUCCCAAAGGAGAAAGAAGAUCGCGACGACGAGAAGGCUCGCCGAGCAAGCAGCAAGCAAUCGCGCCGCCGCCGUCGCCGCGGCCGCCAACGACGACGACGACGAAGAUGACUACCGGCGAACGAGGCAGCGGUCUUCCACCUGGGACGAGCACGGCAUCGCCAAGCAGCUGGAGGACAAGAGGAUGGCCUCGCUUCUCACCGGGGACGCCGGCGAUGCUGGUGGUCGGGUCAGGACCUGGAGCCACAACGGAUCGCUGAGACACGUGCACGGGCAGGGCACGCGGCCGACCUCGGACUGGGAACACCUGGACGCGUUCCAGGCGAUGGGCUCCAUGUUCCAGCAGGAGCUGUACCAUGAGAAGUCGAGCGGGCUGGUGGAUGUCCUCGUCGACCGGAUGAGGGUUCCUCUGUUGAUAAUCCUGGUGGGAAUCCUGGCGGCCUUGGCGGGGAUGUUCGUGUCCCUCCUGUCCGCGUGGGCGAGGAUGUGGAGGAUAACCAAGACCGUCGAAAAUGGCCACCUCGCGUUCGGUUGGGCAAUCUACGGCGCGAUGUCGCUCUCGCUGACGCUAGGCAUGUGCGCCAUCACCCACUUCGUCUGCCCAUGCGCCGCCGGGGGGGGAGUUCCAGAAAUGAAGGUGAGGGGGGCGGGGUAG